UCAGAAGAAUAUUGUUUUCUGAAUAAGCAAUAUUUUGAGAGAAGGUGAAUAUGCAUUGUUUAUAAUUUCUUCAUAGAAGUAGAAAUAUUCUUACAGUAUUAUUAAAUUAUUUAUUUCAGGCUUUGAGUCCAGAGAGUCAACACCAUGAAUAUCUACACAGUCUACAGAUUCCACUCUUUUGAUUUCCUUUCUUCACGGGGUAGAUGUAUGCUGAAACAGAAACCAUCUCCGGUGAUGGAGGUCUGUGCGAUAUAAAUAAUGACGUAUUUAGAAACUGAUUGAGUCAAUGUCCACGUGAUCACCUAGGGUAAAGGCGGUCGAUCUGUUUCCGCAUAGCCUUCUGUCUGAACAAGGAUGUACAUCCUCCAAUACACAGCUACGAACUGCCUGGCAAAAUGGUUGGAAGAUACCCUCUUUUGUGUGGAUAUAUCUGUCUUCUUACUCCGGUGUACGCGAAAAUGGACACGCCAACAUUAACUAUACUGUUCAGUGGAGGAAAGGGAAUUUACACGAUUUCUAUUAGUCCAGCACAUGUAUCAGCACGUCAUAUACCUACAGGGACAGUACCUGUAUCUAUUGACUACGACCCCGUGGAGCAGAAACUGUAUUGGACAAAUGCUGCUCCUGAGAAGAUCAAAGCAAAAGACAUGAAAGAGGACACCGAGGAACUCAUCAUGUCCCUCAAUGCAAGUGCUGAUUUAUACGGAAUAGCUGUUGAUUCUAUCGCCAGGAAGAUAUUUUACACAGACCAGGGAAAUAAGGUCAUUGCUGCCCUCAACAUAAAUGGGACCAAUUGUGUGACUGUCAUAAACAAUGGGCUUGACAAACCCAGAGCCAUUGUUCUACACGAGGAAAACAGGAAGAUGUACUGGACUGACUGGGGAGCCACACCCUACAUAGCAUCAGCUGAUUAUGACGGUGCAAACAUCAGGAAGGUCGUCACUACAGGUCUUGGAUGGCCGAACGGGCUGGCAAUUGUCAAAAAGAAUGGAAUCCUCUUUUGGUGCGACGCCAAGACAUACAGAGUAGAAUCAGUGUCGGUAGAUGGUUCACAGAGAAAACGUCUCCUGUAUCAGCCAGGGUAUCAGUACCUUAGUAUUUUCUACCAUGAGGGACUUCUCUACUUCACAGCCAGGAACAGAAGGUAA